AGCCAGGGCGGGCUGGAGGCGGCGAGCGGCGGAGCGCUCGGGGCGAGGAGCGCAUCCCUGGGCGAGGAGCGCAUCCCUGAGCAAAGAGCGCAUCCCUGAGCAAAGAGCGCAUCCCUGAGCAAAGAGCGCAUCCCUGAGCAAGGAGCGCUUCCCUGAGCGAGGAGCGCAUCCCUGAGCGAGGAGCGCUUCCCUGGGCGAGCGGCGCAUCCCUGGGCGAGCGGCGCAUCCCUGGGCGAGCAGCGGAGCGCUCGGGGGCGAGGAGCGCAUCCCUGAGCGAGGAGCGCAUCCCUGGGCGAGGAGCGCAUUCCUGAGCGAGGAGCGCAUCCCUGGGCGAGAAGGGCAUCCCUGGGCGAGAAGGGCAUCGCUGGGCGAGCGGCGCAUCCCUGGGCUAGCAGCGGAGCGCUCGGGGCGAGCGGCGCAUCCCUGAGCGAGCAGCGCAUCCCUGAGCAUCCCGGGACACCGCAGCUCCUCGAAAGCCUUUCCCCCGAGCGGAGCAUGAGCCGGGCGGGCAGCGGGACCCGCGGGAGCCCCGGGGGCCGAGGGGCAGCGCUGGUGCUGGCGCUGGCGCUGGCGCUGCCCGCGGCCGUGUCCGGCUGCAGCUGCGCGCCCGCGCACCCGCAGCAGCUGCUGUGCGAUGCUGCGCUCGUGAUCCGAGCAAAAAUAUCCAGUGAAAAGGUGGUUCCUGCCAGUGAUGACCCCCUUGAUACCCACAAAAUGAUCCGGUAUGAAAUCAAACAAAUAAAGAUGUUUAAAGGAUUUGAAAAGCUCAAGGAUGUCCAGUAUGUCUACACCCCUUUUGAUUCAUCACUCUGUGGAGUGAAACUAGAAGCCAACAACAAAAAACAGUAUCUUCUAACAGGCCAAAUUUUAAGUGAUGGCAAAGUGCUGAUCCACUUGUGCAACUACAUUGAGCCGUGGGAUGAUUUAUCCUUGUCCCAGAAGAAGAGCCUGAACCAGAGGUACCAGAUGGGCUGUGGCUGCAAGAUCACCACGUGCUACUCGGUGCCGUGCUCGGCCUCGGCGCCCGGCGAGUGCCUGUGGACGGACUGGCUGCUGGAGCGGCGGCUGUCGGGGCGGCAGGCGCGGCACUUCGCCUGCAUCCAGCGCAGCGACGGCACCUGCGCCUGGUACCGGGGCGGGCCGGCCCCCGGCAAGGACUUCAUGGACAGCAGCGAGCCCUGAGCGCUGCCCUCCCAGAAACACGGCUCCUUCCAGCCGCCCUGCGCAGCCCAGAGCCCCGAGGGGCUCUGCAGGAGCAGCUCCUGCUGCGGGGUACCUGCUCUGCUCAGGUGUGCUCUGCCGCUCCCUUUCCUGCCAGCACGAAUGUACGAGAACAACAGUUGCCACAAUUUUACCCCCUGUUUGAUAGCCUACAGGAAAUCCCCACCCCCGCGUUUUAUUCCAAAUCUUCCCCCGAUGAACUACAGAACAUUUUAUAGAACUAUUUUUUUUUUUUUCUGUAUGGAAGUCUUGGAUACGAAAGGAUUAUUGUACAGUGUAUAUGUAAAGUAUUAUAACGAUGUACUAUUAAAAAAUAAAAAAAAGAUUCACAAAUACUUCCUCAUCUGUUGAAACGAGUUGAACGCUCCUGUGAUUAAAACAAUCUGUGCUCCA